AGACGUUUGGGCUCCCACUGCACGCGGGCAGCUGACCGAACGUAUCCUUGUUCGACCAUGGUUUUCGAACGCACGCAGUCUCCCGCAUUGGUCAUGGCGGACGUUCGCCUGAUCAUCAAGAACACGUUCUUCGAGUUCGAGAGCUGCAUUGACGAGCCCUUCGCACCCUCUGUCUGUGGCAUGCGUCGAGUUCAGUCAUGCCCUCCCAUCCGUGGCAAGGACAUGGACGAGGGCACUCCAAACGAGGAUGGUUCCGGUGGUCCGCGGCUCAGACACAACAAGACGCGCAGCGACGCCCGUCGCAGUCUCAGCCUCAGCAUUCGGACGGGCCCGGCCGUCGUACACGAGCCCGAGGAUGAUACGCUCAGCUGCGGCUCGACCGAGCACUACUUGUGUUGGCAGUCGUCACCUACUCCGCUCGCCGCCGGCUGGCAGGCAGAGUGGUCAGGCACCGGCCUCUUCCAGCGCACGAACGCCUCUCAGCAGCAGGGCCGGAAGCUUUACGCCCUUGGCUUGCACUGCUGCGGUGUUCGCUCCCGGCUGCCCACAGACGACGGGCGCGUUCUGCCGCGCCCUUGCCUCUCCAGGGCAGAGAGCAAGGGGUUCGCUUUCGUGAACUUUGUGAGCAAUGAGCUCGCCAACAGCUUCAUCGGCGCUUUCAGCGGCUUCACAAAGUGGCCUAUUCGGUGCAGGAAGCUCUGCACGAUAACGUGGUGUGCGAUUCAGGGGUUUCAGGCGAACGUUGACAAUUGGCACACCCUUGCCAUAGAGGAUUACGUCCCCGAUCAGUUCAAGCCGGUGGUCUUCAUCGGUAAGUCUCGGGCCCCGUUCCCGCAGCCCACUGCCCUCAAGCUGAUCAGCGUCUGCUAGUGUCUGCUACGAUCGGUAGAUUCGGCUCCCGUGUCUCAUCGCUCGUUGUCCUCC